AACGCAGGGCAUCAUGGAGGAGCGGGCUGUGAUGGGAGGAGCUUAGGCAGUCGUUGGUUCCCGCCUCCUCAUCGGUUUCAUUUUGAAUGGUUGCUCUGAUCGGGGCGUAUAGUUGGUGGUGGCGGCUUAUUGGGCCGGCCCUGGCCGCAGUGCGGAAAUAGCACCCUAGAUAAGAAACUAUGGAUUCUUCUUGCCACAGUCAAGUCUUGCUCCAGCAGCUGAAUAUGCAGCGUGAGUUUGGAUUUCUUUGUGACUGCACAGUUGCAAUUGGAGAUGUAUAUUUCAAAGCCCACAGAGCAGUUCUUGCAGCAUUUUCAAACUACUUCAAGAUGAUCUUCAUCCAUCAGUCCAGUGAGUGUAUAAAGAUCCAACCAAUGGAUAUUCAGCCUGACAUAUUUAGUUACCUUUUGCAUGUCAUGUACACUGGAAAAUGCCCGAAACAGUCAGUGGAUCAUAUCCGUUUAGAUGAAGGAAUAAGAUUUCUCCACGCAAACCUUCUGGCACUUUCUGCAAAUGAGCCAAUCAAAAUGUUUUCAGCUGAAACUACACAAUCCUCUAAUCUAUAUGGGAUACAGAUCUCGACGGCUCAAAAAACACAGAAGGAAACAAUCACUUUGAGACAAAAUUCCACAACCACCAUCAGGUCUGCCUCAGAAGAAGAACACCCCCAGUUACAGCUGUCGCUUGCUAUUGGGCUUGAAAGUGUUGGUCAGGAACAACAAAGCUCACAUUUCCCUGCUCAGGUUGGUACAAGUGUGAGGUCAUUAGAAGAUUUUCAGAAAACAACAGUUUCCAUCAAGGAGGAAAAGUGUGAUCCUGAAGCUUCAAGAUCACCUCAGCAAUCACUAUCAUCACCAGAAGAUGAAGAAUCUGCAUUCAUAAAAACUCCAAAUAAAAAUCAUUCUUGCCAUUACUGUGGUGAGAAGUUUGAAUCUCGAGGUAUUUUAAGAGAUCACCUGCAUAUACAUGUAUCAGAAUCCCUCCCAUUUGGUGUCCCUGCAUCUAUUCUAGAGAGUGAUGACCUGGGAGAAGUCCGUCCUAUACUAGAAAACAUAGAGAAUACAGAAAAUUACAGGCUUGGUAACGUCCUUCUAAACAAAAGUGAAGAGUUGUGUCAAAACUUAAGCCACCAAGAACAGUUGCAGCUCAACCAACUUUCUUUUCUGUCAAAAGAAGCAGAUCCCAUUGAAUUAAACUGCAACUUUUCAUUGUUACGCAAAAGAAAACUCAGUUGCACACUGUGUGGACACAGAUUUCUCCGCAGAAGUCAACUUCUGGAACACCUGUAUGCACACAAAAUUAAACCACAUAAAUAUGGCAAGUACCAAAGGAUUGGAAAUCAGAUAGGCCAGACAUACAGCAACAGUCAUACUGAAAACACACAAAACCACCUGGAGACAUCACAGGAUUACCCUGAGUUUCUUGAGGAACUUGAAUCCAAUGUUCCAAAUGCAGAUGAUGUUUUGGUAGAUUAAUGGGUUUAUAGACAAUUGUGGAUGAGUGAUUUUAAUUAUUGUAUGUUUGGUUUUAGUUCCCCUUUCUCCUUGUAAUGUUCAGUGAUUUUUGCGGUUUCAUAAAAUGAUCUUUUUCCUUUGUUACCAUUGCUUAUCUAGCUCAGUUUGUGUAUAUUAAUUAGAAAUGUACAGCUACCUGUAUGUAGUGUUUAUGAGUCCACAGCAUGGAACAAAGUAUUUGAGCAGCAAACUGGUUUCACCAGAACACUGUGCAGGUAAACACAUGCAAACUGAUCUCCUUGAAUUGUACAUAUAUUAUUGUGUACAUGUUUGUCAUUACUGAGAAUGAUUAUAUCUAUUGGGAUACUCAAAAGAGAUUUUAUAAAUAAUACACAUAUGGUUAUCCAAGCAAACUAUAUUCUAAAAACUUUUAGGCCAACAAAAUAAUAGGUAGGAAGAUUAUGAGGCUUAAAGAACCUGCAAAUCUUUUGCUAAAAUUCAAGUGAAAAUUUCAUUGCAGUUGCAAGUAAUUAUACAUACUGUAGAUUAGUUAUACUGAAGGAGACUUCCCUUCAAAGCCUUGCACAGCCCGAGGAUCUUCAGGCAAGUUUAACAGACAAUGCAGGGAGGUUAGACUUAUUCUUUGACAAUAUGGGACAUUCUUCAGUCAUAAUUAUUUUUGAAUGUGAUACCAAGGUUGUGGAACGAAGGAGACAAACAACUGUAGACUGGGCUUUUUGGAUUUUCCAACUUGUUACCUUUUAUUUCCACUGAUUCUAAUUCUCAACUGUUUGAGUUUUAAUAUAUAUUUUUUUUAUGCAUUAUUAUAGUACUGUGUACAUAUCUGAAGUAUGUUUUCAUAAUUGUAUAUAAAUGAAAAAUGCUCAGUUAAACUUCCAUAUUAUUCCUACUCGACCAGUAAAGCACUAAAGUUAGCUUUGCUUUACAUAUAUAGAAGCAUUUUAGAUAUAGGGCAUCUGAUCCUACCUUGUGUCUGAGCAGAUACUAAAUUUGAUUGUGCUUGUAAAUAUCAAUGCCAUAAAAACAACCGAGCACUGCUUUUGGCCAUUGUGGAUUAUAUCAGCAAUAAUCCAGAUGUUGCCCCGAACUAUCCUGCUUUGCAUAAUAUUGCAUUUUGUUUUUGGACAAUUUCUCAUCAACCCCAUCAAUAGACCUGAACAAGAAACCACUUCUUUUUUGUGCUUGUUAUGCUGUUCAAUAUUGAUUCAUCUAUUUGCCAACACAUGGAUCAUUGAGUGUCACUAGUCACAGUGGAUAAUGCUGUAGGCAGUGUUUCCCUUUGAGAUCCCUUUGUUUAUUGUCUAUUUAGCAAAAGCAAGCACUACAUAUAGGGUCAGAUCAGCAUAAAAAAUGUGGUAAUACUUUUAUUAUCUUGCAUACUGGUAUACCCCAAGAAUUUGAUCGCUGUAUUUAAAUUAACUUCACAGUCUGUAGCUACUUCCUUACUAUUGUCAGCUAUAUGAAAAAUAGCUAAAUUUUUAACCACAAACUGUACUGGAUUCAUUUGGUGAUAUUACACCUACAAUUCAGUUGCAAUAAGGGUUCAAAAAAAAAUGUUUUGUUGUGCACCAUAACAUCCCUUGCACUCUAACCCUCUAACAAGAGAGAUAAUCACUCCUGCUGUUGAGUUUGGAGGCACUUCUUGGUUUCUUUGUGUUUUGGGGUAUUAACUGGAAGGUUACAUUGCUGCACUCAACUUAGUUGGCCAUAACCCUGUGACAGGACAGAAGCAAAACUACAGCAUCGUUGUUCCUCUGUAUUUUGGAAAGCAAUUGAAUAAUUCAAUCCAGAAGCAUUUCCAUUUCUCAUAAGCACGAAGGCUCUAUGGCAGGAUUCCAACACAGAGUAUUUGUCUUAUUUACAAGUUUGCGCUUCCAGACAUGUUCUACAGCUGGGCAGCAGGACAACCAGCUAAGCAGUGGCAUAUGCUCAGAUCUAAAUAUAUAACUGUACAUUUUCUCUGUGGUUAGCACCGACAUAGACCUGAUAGAACUCAGCUGUUCCUGGGAUUCAGUGAGCAGGGUUUGAGCCUGAUCUUUCUGCAUUUUGUUUGAUAUUUUCUUUGCAUUGGUACCAUUGUCACUUUAAUGUAUGUUCAAUGUUCAGCACAUAUUGUCAGCAGUAAAAAAGGUAACUAUG